UGCUGAUUGGGGUGUGAGUUACAAUCCUUCACAAAUCUGUGCACUAAAGAACUCAUCAGUGAUAAUGAAUUGCACUUAUACAUACCCUACUGGAUAUAAGAUUGAGAAAGUGUUCUGGACCAAAAACCCUGUAAAGGGUAAAGAGUCUCCAGAUCUGUGUAAGGAUCCUGAAUACAAUCAGAGGCUUCAGUAUCUGGGAGACAAACAGCAGAACUGCACCAUCAGACUGAGUCAUGUGACACAGAACGACCAACACAUGUACUGUUUCAGAUUCCUCACUAAUGAAACAAAAGGAAAAUGGACUGGUCAUCCAGGAGUGAAUCUUAAUGUCACAGAUCUUCAGGUGGAGGCUCCUGAGAGAGUGACAGAGGGUCAUAAUGUCCGUCUGACAUGUAAAAGCAGCUGCGCUCUGACUGACAGAGCAACAUUCAUCUGGUACAGAAACUCACAGCCAUUAACUGAGAGAAGAGACAGAAACAAUCAACUCCUGCUGCAGUCAGUCAGAAGAGAGGAUGCAGGCAGAUACAGCUGUGCUCUACAUGGACACACUUACAUCUCUCCUGCUGCUCAGCUCAAUGUCACCUAUCCUCCAAAGGGGGCUUUUGUAUCAGUGAGUCCUUCUGGUGUAAUUGUGGAGGGAGAUUCAGUGACUCUGAACUGCAGCAGUGAUUCAAACCCUCCUGCAGAAAUCAGCUGGUUUAAAGGAGGAAUGUUUGUAGGAUCUGGAAGAAUCUACAGCAUCUCAAAGAUCAGAUCUGAUCACAGUGAAGAAUACAAGUGUAGAUCCAUCAAUGAACAUGGAGAGAAAUACUCUGAUGCUGUGACUUUAAACAUAAUGUAUCCUCCCAGGAACGUCUCAGUGUCUAUAAAUGGAUCAGGUGUAAUAGUGGAGGGAGAUUCAGUGACUCUGGUCUGCAGCAGUGAUUCAAACCCUCCUGCUCUGAACUUCAGCUGGUUUAAGGAGAAUCAAAGCUCAGCUGUUGGAUCUGGACAGAGUUUCAGUGCACUACAGAGUGGACGCUUCUACUGUGAGGCUCACAAUCAACAUGGAUCUCAGAGAUCAGACGCUGUUACUGUCACUGUUAAAGGACGUCUGGUGAUUGUGUACGUAUCUGCUGGAGUGGUUUGUGGAGCUGCCGUUAUCAUAACAAUAUUGCUGAUUUGCGGAUCCAGGUGGAUGAAAAAGAGAAAUAAAGCUCAGGCAAAGAUCAAUCAUUCGGGACCUCAUCAUGAGCGGCACAAAGCUUGCAAUGAUGAAUUGAAUGAACCUGUUUAUGCAAAUGAAAUGGUUGUUCAGUGUGGCCCUGAUGUUUGUAAAUCUGAACUGAACUCUUCAGUGUAUGAAAAUAUUCCACAUGAAAAGAAGAGGAUGUAGUGUUUUGGACACACAGCAAACAUUUUACUGCUUUCACAUCGAUUUGCAGGUGGAGACCUGAAUGAUUGACAAAUGUGUUUGACUGAUAUACCCCUAGACCAGUGGUCUCCAACAUGGUUCCCGCGGGCAACUGGUAGCCCGCAUGAAGUCUCUGAGUCACCUGCCGAGCACGUUCUAUAAAUAGCCUGAAUUGUAAUCUUUUUUUU